AAUCUAGUUGCCUCACGGGUUACCUGUGUGUGGGUGAGUCGGGACUUACUGAGUGAGCGCCAAAAUGGCGGCCGGUUCUUCGGAUGUCGUAGAUGUCGAAGAACAGAUUUUAAAAUACACAAUUCAUAAAUGGUCGAGCCACUCAGGAAACUAUGACCCGAGAAAUAUUCUUGUGGAUAAACCUAAUGAUCAAUCUUCCAGAUGGUCGUCCGCUAGCAACUAUCCCCCCCAGUUCUUAACCCUGAAGCUGUGUCGACCAGCUGUUGUAAAAAGCAUCACCUUCGGCAAGUAUGAGAAGGCACAUGUGUGCAAUCUGAGAAAGUUCAAGGUGUACGGUGGACUACAUGACGAGCACAUGACAGAGUUACUAGAGAGUGGUUUGAGAAAUGAUCACCUAAAAGAGACAUUUAACCUGCGAAAUGAACUAGAGUCAAGGGUUUUUCCAUGCCACUACAUAAAAAUAGUGCCUAUUCUCCCCUGGGGACCAAGCAACUUCAACUUUAGUAUUUGGUUUGUUGAGCUGUCUGGAGUGGAGGAUCCCUCUAUUGUACAGCCUAGCCUGGCAUGGUUUAACAAGUAUCGUGAGCGAGAGGCAAUACGUCUCUGCUUGAAGCAUUUUCGCCAACAAAACUACACUGAGGCCUUUGAGUCACUGCAGAAGAAGACACGCAUAAGUUUAGAACAUCAUAUGCUAACAGAACUCCACCAGAGCUUGGUGCUAAAUAGUGACUUUGAAGAGUGUGAAAGACUAAUGGAACAAGCUGCAGAAGAUGGUCUCUUUACUGAGUACAUCAGUAGGCAGAUAUUGAAGCCUGAAUGGACAGCUAUUCUGGCAAAUGGGACAGAUGAUGAUCCAGUUAAUGCUUGGCCUGGCAUGCGUGGCGGCCAUCAGAUGUGCAUAGACUCUGAAGCUCAGCUGAUAUACUUACUGGGAGGAUGGAAUGGAGUGGUGGACUUACCAGAUUUCUGGGUCUUCAACAUCGGGACAGGGAAGUGGACAUGUCUGUCAUUUGACACAGAAAAAGAUGGUGGCCCUUGCGCCAGAUCUUGUCACAAGAUGUGUCUGGACAGCCGCAGGAAGCUUAUCUACACACUGGGGAGGUACCUGGACUCAGGGAGCAGAAAUAAUACAACACUAAAGAGUGACUUCUAUGUGUAUGAUAUCACUGCAAAUCAUUGGACACUGAUCAGUGAUGACACGGCGGCUAUGGGCGGACCAUCCCUUAUUUUUGAUCAUCAGAUUUGUAUGGAUACUGAAACAAGUACAAUAUUUGUAUUUGGUGGACGGGUGUUAAGUGCAUCAUCUGAGGAGAGGACCCAGGAACCUUUUUUUAGUGGACUGUAUGCAUAUGACUGUCAGACAAGCACAUGGCAGAAACUCAAAGGUGAUUGUUCUGAAUUCAAGUCCAGAAUAGGACACUCCAUGCUCUUCCACCCAAUAAAGAGGCUGUUAUACGUAUUUGCAGGACAAAGGGGUCGUGACUUCCUCAGUGACUUUAUCCAUUUUAAUGUGGACACUCAUGAAGUGACGGUCAUUUCAGAUGGACACAAAAAGGAUGCUGAGCAAGGUGCGUCUGUCCCUGCUGCUGGAUUCACUCAAAGGGCGACAAUUGAUCCUGAACUCAAUGAAAUCCAUGUGUUAUCUGGAAUGAGUAAAGACAAAGAAAAACGAAAUGAGUCAGUAAGAAACUCCUUCUGGGUGUAUGACAUCCACUCCAAUAAAUGGGUGUGUGUCUACAAGAACGAGAACAUAGGGCAGCAGUACUGGAAUAAGAUGUGUAACGUUGAGCCAUGUCCGCGGUUUGCACACCAGCUUGUAUAUGACGACUCUCAAAAGGUGCACUAUCUGUUUGGUGGCAACCCUGGGACGUCCUCACCCAAGUUGAGACUGGAUGACUUCUGGUCAUUAAAGCUGAGCCGACCAUCUAAAGAUUAUGUUCUUAGGCGAUGCAAGUAUUUUAUCCGCAAACAAAGAUUCUUCGAGUUAACCACAAGGGAUCCAAUUGCAGGAAUGCAGUACUUACAGAACGACUUGUCUGACACGGUUGCACAUGAUAAUGUUGAAGAGAGAAUUGAGUUCCAGCGCUUGUCAAGGAUGCUUUUCGAGGCACCAAAGACAGAAGAAUCAAUGCAGUGUGAAGAAGAAGAACUGUCACCACCAAGUAAUCUCUAUGUAGGCAGAACACAGCUGUUUGACAAACUUGUUAGCUUCUUCCCGGACCACAUGACUCAGCCAAAGGGAAGCCUGGUGGACUUCGUCACAUUCUGAACUGGGUACAUGACCAUGACCUAGCCUGGUGUGUGGCCAAGCCUGACAUAACAUAGCCCAAGGUGAAGGCUUGAUGAACUCAAGAGACAUUCUGAGCUUGGUAUAUGACUAUCACCUAGCUUUACCCAUUGCCAAGCCUGACACAUAACCCAGCCAAAGGUAAAGCCUUGUGGACUCUGACACUUUACCAAGACAUACUUGGUGGUCUUCAUCACAUUCCGAGCAAGGCAUAUGAUCAAUAAAGACGUACUUGGUGGUCUUCAUCACAUUCUGAGCAAGGCAUAUGAUCAAUGAAGACGUACUUGGUGGUCUUCAUCACGUUCUGAGCAAGGCAUAUGAUCAAUGAAGACGUACUUGGUGGUCUUCAUCACAUUCUGAGCAAGGCAUAUGAUCAAUGAAGACGUACUUGGUGGUCUUCAUCACAUUCUGAGCAAGGCAUAUGAUCAAUGAAGACGUACUUGGUGGUCUUCAUCACAUUCUGAGCAACGCAUACGAUCAAUGAAGACAUACUUGGUGGUUUUCAUCACAUUCUGAGCAAGGCAUAUGAUCAAUGAAGACGUACAGUACUUCGUGGUCUUCAUCACAUUCUGAGCAAAGCAUAUGAUCAAUGCUUGCAGACUCAGUCAUACACUGCAUGACCAAUUGCCGAGGCUGACACAUAACCUAGCCCUUGUAAGGCCUAGUGGAAUUUAUCACAUUCUGCUCAUGGAUGCAAAGAUUAUAAUGACAAUCCACGGGCUAUAGGAUAAUCUGACUCCGAAAUGAUGUCUCAUGUCUUGUUCGCACUGCUGGGGGUCGAGUUACUCAUUUAACAGGUGGCGUGGGUUACAUAGUGCAUUGUUUGGAAGGUCACAAGCGCGUAGGAACGGAGAUCGCUGGAGGAGCGAAACCAAGGCAAAUACGGCCAGUUGAGGUAGAAAUAUGUGCUUUAUUCAACACUAACACGACAUUAGACAUUAUUUCGUAGUCAGAUUAUCCUAUAGCCCGUGGACAAUCUAAACUUUAUCCUGGGUCUCUGCUUUUAGAGACAAGCCCAAGGGAGGGGAAAGAUGAGUACACUGAUUCUUGGGAAACAAAAAAGGGGUGUAAAAUGGCAAGUAAACAUCCUCAUGACAUGAACAAUGUUGGCCUUCUGCCUGAUGAAAUAGUGGGUACAAUCUCUUGCCGGAAAGCACCUUUGAGAAAUAUGUUAAAUAUGUUUUCCUAUCCAUCAUGGUACUUUAGAGAACCAACUAGGAAAGUUAAAGAUUACCCUAUUUGUUAGUGUCCUCUCCAAGGUUGAGCUAGAAACUUUUUUUCAGGGGAACAAGUCUCAGAUAUUUUCUUUUUACUGUUCCCGUGCUGGCUAUGGCUUGAUCUCUAGGAAUCCAAGACUGGAUAAAGCUUACAAGGCUUUCCUUCUUCUAGAUCUGAUGAAAAUGUAAAUAACUAGCCUCGUGUACAAUGCCAAAGAAAGGCAAAAAUAGACUCAAGUCAGAGCAGUUCAUCAUUAUAGAAAAAAAUAGGGAUAAAGUUUCCCUAUUUUAAGCCUAGUAUUACAUUGUAUAUAUGAUAAAAAAUAUAUAUAAUACAUUAUCGUGUUAUUUCCAUUUCGUUUUCAAUUAUAUUUGUGAUAUAGUUUUAUAAACUGUGGCACACUAUUGUUCAUGUAAGCCUGCAUUGGGUUUAGCAAAAAAAAAUGAUGUCAAACAGUAUUGGAGAUUGGGAAUGGCAGUAAAAAUGAAAAAAAGCA